AAACAGUGCAGUUGUGGACGGGAAGAAGAAACAUGCAGAAUACGUGGGAAAUAGGAAGCAAAAAUUACUGUUCAAAGAAGAAAUGACCUGUUAAAAAUAACUUUCCGUCUUUAUUUGUUUAGUUUUUCGUCAUUUGCUCAGUUCUCUCUCUCUCUUCCUCUCCUGUGUGGGCGGGGUGUUCCCAGAGCGCGCACGUAAGGAACGUCCCGUCUCCCGUCGAGAGCGCGGAAUAUGACGUCAGCUGCUGGCCGCGCAGUGAUGAUGGCGGUGCGUGAACGCGCAGUAAAAGUAAUGGCUGCUGUGGAUCGGCGGGUGCCUAGCCUCGAUGAUUUCGUGGGUCAAAGCUGGAGUGCCUGGGCCGACUGGGCCGGCGUGACAGCGGCGGAUGGGCCUGAUGUGGACGACUGUGGCAAGAGUGGCAAAAAGGCUGCGGAGGCCAUGUCGCUCAGUAAAGAGGACAUGUCCAUCUUUGGUCUGUACCCGGGCCACGAUGACUUUUACCUGGUGGUCUGCAGCCACUGUGGCCAAGUAGUGAAGCCGCAGGCGUUUGAGAAGCACUGCGAGCGCAGACACGGCCCUUUGGCCAAGCUGUACGCGCGACUUCGCUCCCCGACGCCGGCGCCGCCGCCGCCGCCCCAGCAGAGACCCCACCACGGCCACUCGCCUUCGCACGGGACCAACGCCGCCUCCGCCUCGGCGUGGGAGGGUCGAGGUCAGGGAGUCGGGCAGAUACGGGCGGCCCCGCCUUCGCCAUCCACCCCGCCCCAGUACAGACACUCCAAGAACUCCAAAGAUGGAGUACGACAUUCCCCACUGGAGAAGUCCUCCCACAGCAUCCACGCAGAGUCGUCAGUAUUCAAGCAGCCCCCGCCCCUGGAGCCGAUGAGCUCUCCAUCCCCGUCGCUCAGAGACCCCCCCUGGCCGCACGGAGGAACUCCGCCCGGCAGAUCCACGCCCGCCGCCGACACCCGGCACCCGGCUCAGAGGAAGGACUCGUCUCAGCCGCCCGCGGGGCCGGGCCACCGGAUCCCCAGACCCUACAACAAAGUGGCCUCCAAGAGAGAGUGCGACUUGGACAAACACUGCGGCGUCCUCGACCCCGACAGGAAGAAAGUCUGCACUCGUCUCUUGACAUGCAAUAUCCACUCCAUACACCAGCGGAGGAAGGUGGUCGGCCGCAGCAAGAAUUUUGACCAGUUAGUGGCGGAGCUCAAGACCAAAGUUCGGGAAAAAGGGGCCCAGGUCCUGGAGGGUGGCUCCUCCACGGGACGGUCCCCGAGCCCUGAGGCCCCCAGGGAGCAGGCUGGGGCCCCACACUGCAGGAGACCUCUGGCCAGCCUUCCUGCUUUCAGUCGGCCGGCCGCCGUGUCGGAGAACACGCCCGAGGACGAGAAGCAGCAGCAGCAGCAGCGGCAGCAGGAUGACGGCGGCUUCCAGGCGCCGUCGCCUCUCGUCCACGGACGAAUCUCCAGCGACGACAGCGACACGGAAACACUCGAGGAACCCGUCGAGUUCUCGUCCUCGGCUUCACACCCCAGACCUGCGGCGAUGUGUUCGUUCGGGAGCCACGCGUUGGGUCACGGCAUCUACACCUUCGACAGGAGACUCCACCACCUGAGGUCGGCGCUCAGCAACAUGCUGGAGCAGCACAUCAGCGCUCAUCUCUGGAAGAAAAUACCUCAAGCCACCGACCUCCAGUCUCCGCCUCCUUUAGCCAAGGCCCUGACGUCUCCGCCCCCGUCCUCCUCCUCCUCCACGGCCGCCGCGUCCUCCUCUUCGUUACAUUCUAAGUCCCGCGCAGGAAGUCACAUCACCACCUCCCUGAAGACCUCGUCCUCCUCCAGCCGGGGUCCCGGCCGACCGCCCACCUCCGUGCAGUCGGAGAACUCCGGCGGGAGCAGCAGCGUCGCCGGCGGUGGCGGCCAUCUAGUGUCUCCGGGUAAGCCCGCGGUGGUGCGCCAGGGGGGUCCCGGCCGGUCCAAGAACCCGGUGGGACGUCCCAGCAAGCAGAUGCUGAAGCUGCGGGAGGAGGCGGCCGCCGCCGCCGCCCUCCGCAAGCGCAAAGCCCCGGCGCAGGAAGGAGAGCACUCAGGCCCCGACAGGAACUGCAUCAUUCUCCAGGACCGGGGCCGCCCCCCCUCCGCCGCCCCCUCCACCUCCUCCUCCUCCAAACCUCCCCCCAUUUCCUCGCCCAUUCCCCACGGACAGACCAACGGCACGCUCUCCCCCAGCAGCAAACCCCGCCCCCAGCCUUCCCCGUCGGAAUCCCACUCGCCGGCCGCCAAGGCGGUUUGGACUUACAGACGGACACACCCUCCUCUGGGACACUCGUCUCCUCCGGACCCUUCCUCCGCCACUAAUUCCCACGGCCGUGCCGGUGUGGGGGACUCAGGGCUGCACGGGCAGGGCGGCGGCGGCGGUGGCGGGCGGAGCUUCGAGCACCAGGGAAUGGUGAAGAAACGCAAGGGGGCCGGCAUCGAGGAGCACUCGCCCUCCUCCAAAGCCGCCGUGCACCGGCUGCCGUCCUCCUCUUCCAGCUCCGCCACUUCUUCCUCUCCGCGCCCUAACUUCUACCCCUGGAAGGACAGUAAAGGCGGGGGGCUGGCCGGGGGCGUGGAGAAGAAGCUGGGUACACAGAAGCCAAAACUGCACCAUUAAGUGUGCCUGCCUUACAAGCCACUAUGAGGGAGCCAGCUCUGCUCAGUCCAGGACUGAGGCAACAGGACUCAAAUGUGUGUGUCUGUGUGUGUCUGUGUGUGUGUGUUUGUAUGUGUGCGAGUGCGUCUGUGUCUGUAUGCCUUUUUGUCUAUUGAGUGUAAGCUGACGUAUGCCAGGUUGUGUUUUUAACGUGCAGAGUUUAGUGCAGUAUGGAUCCGUCUGUGUGAGUCACAGCUGGGAGUCUGGGUUUGGACGAAUGUGUUGGGGAAGAACUGAGAGGGUGGGAUGAAAAUUCAGAGUAUGGAUUUAGAAAAUACCUCAAGACCAUCCGGUUAUGCUGCUAAAUUAAAUAUGUUGGUUUAUAAAAAUGGAUUAAAAAAAUGUCCUUUUCA